AUGACAACCGCAGAUCCGCAGCAACGACAGUUUGCGCUGUUCCGUAAAUUUAGCAUUGAAGUGCGACCACCGCUAAUGGUGCAACGAGAUGAGCGAAUCCGGUCAAUGACGUGCUCAUUUGAAGAGAUUACUGAGUCAGAGGAGGAAGAUAAUCAGAUCCCAGAACGAAUUUCACCCGGAGGACGCUCACCAUUUGCAGUCAUAGGCGAAUCCCCGUUUGCCGAAAGACGCGCAGCCUCCCCGCAAAACCGUAACUCAACCUAUGCAAGAAAACUCGCCGUACCUCGACUGUGUCGUGGAUAUUCGGAUCCGGGCCUACGUCGACGACCGGCUAUGCUUGGAUCAUUGAGUCCGGAUCGACAUGACGUUGGAUCGGAUUUAUUGAGUGAGUUAUAUUGA